AGUCCCAAGCUACCAGAACCCAACCUUCAGAGCUCUUUACCGCACCAGAAGCCUAACUAAAACAACAACUGAGACGAAGAUGAGGACGUGUGUGUUGCAGUGUUGCCUGACCCUGCUCGGUUUGUCUCUGGUGCUGUGCAGUAACGGCGUCUCUUCUCAGCCGGACCUGGAUCUGCGACACCGCAGACUUCUGCAAAGAGUUCAGGCCCUUGGCGUGGCUGCACAGGAGUGGACUAAGAAUGAUCUGAAGGCCAUUCUAGCCCAGCUCACCAUGCCCGAGUCAGAGUUUCAGGAGAACGAUGUUUCUACUCUGGGGACGAAACAAGAUCUCACAGUGGAAUUAGAGCGAUCAGCAGAAGAUCCCAACACCCUUCCACCUCGAGAGCGAAAAGCAGGCUGCAAGAACUUCUACUGGAAAGGAUUCACUUCCUGCUGAAGUGCUGCCUCUCUUGUCACAUGACCCAACACUGGCCACUCCAGGGUCACUGCUGCUGAAUGGCCCCGCCUUCACCUGUGACCCACCAGUGAGGUCGAAUCAGUAGCUGAUUUCUAUCAAUUAAUCAUAUCAAUCAGAUAAAGUUGUAACUAUGUAAUUUAUAUAAAUAAUAAUAAUAAUAAUAAUAAUAAAGACUAACGCUUUAUUUGA